CUUUUCUGGGCGUUUAGGCCAAGAGAUAUUUGUCGAAUUAGGUAUUCCAUUUCCGAAUGCAGAUUCCCUCUAUGCAUCGAGUUUACGCUGCGCCGGCCAUGGCACACAUCAUACCGUGUGACUUGAGCUGCUGUUAGCAACUUGCAAGUCACAACCCGCCCAGGCCUCAACUGGAACCACUGGCGUUCUUAUAAUCGAUUGUUUCAUCUCUUUAGCGUCAGCAGAUACCGCUGUCCCUCCACCCCAUUAAGCCUCACUUCACAACAUCAUCAUGGCAAACGACAGAGAGAAGAAAGAGCCGCCCUCAACAGGCGGCUCCAUCUCCUCCACCCUCACAGCAACCACCUACGCCACAGGCGAGCUAGCCGAGCUCCCCGGCCUGCCGCGACUGCUCUAUCGAAUCCUCGACUACAAGCUGAAACUCUCCAUCGUCGUCUUCCUCUUGGUCCUCGAAUCCUCCAUCCUCCCCAUCGCGCUCUACUACGGCCUAACCCUCGCCACCACCCUCCGGCCCGGCAUAGUCUUCGCCAUCAUCACCUCCUUCUUCGGCAUCGUAACAGGCAUCGAAUUCGGCCUGCGCUGCCUGAAACUCAUUCUCAAGGGCGACGAGUACCGUCCGCCCGGGGGCACGCGCUGGAGCUUUGACUUUACGCACUGGACGCUGUCGUUUGGGUACACCGUCAUGACGGGUAUCUUGAUUGGCGCGUCCAUCCCGCAUAACCCGCUGGUUCGCCCGCUGGCGAUUCCGGUGUCGUUGUUUCUGAUUCAGAUGGGGGUGAUGCUACUUUGGAGCGGGUGGAUGAAUGUCACCCGCCGUCCGGCGCCGUGCAAGAUGAGUUCUGUGCCUAAGGGUGGGCGGGUGCCGCCUAUGGUGUUGACUAUUGUGGAGGAUAUUGUGGGUGUUGAUGGUGGAGGCGGGAGGAAGUACAGGAAUAGUUUGAUGGCAAGGUAUGAGGUCAGUCCGCGGUUUAGGAAGAUGAUUGCGCAGCAGAACUGGUUCUGGGCUGUUGGCGCGUUGGUGGAUGGGAUUGGGACUCUGGUGGUCAUCUGGACUGUUCCGGAGAAGGUGGCCUACGGAGUUGGGUGGGGAAGUCCCCUUAUUUUCGUGAUCAUCUGGACCACCAUCAGCAUCAUCUGGGUUCGCCGGUCUUUAAGGCGGGAGAAGCAGUUGUGGAUGGCCGAGCGGGGGACAAAUAUGCAGGGGUCGCCAUGGCCGGCAGCGUAGACACUGCAGAGAGGGUUGUCAAAAGAGACUAUUAGAGUGCCGUUUCCAUUUGAGGUUUGUUCGGAUACUUGUGAUAUUAUCCUGAUUCUCG